CUGACUGCUAACGUUCUGCUUGUCGCGCAAUGACGAGCUACACGACGACGGACCCCUCGACUGGGGGCCCACGAUCCCCGCUAUUUGGAACUGCAACAUUCUCAACGCUAUCGCCUUCUGACCCUUCAAGAAUGGGGUACACGGGCACUUCACGAACAGGUACGCCAAUUCCCCCGUCCGAUGACGGCGAGGACGCCUCGACGACGUACAAUAUGCGCCGGGUCAACCUCUCGCCUACUCAAUCCUACACCAACACAUAUACUUACUCUGACGACGACUCUAUUGACGACACGGCCGAGGUGGAGGCCGCGCUGACGAACAUCGAAAACGAGCUCGCGGACGUCGAGGAUGCGCUCACCGAGUGGUCGCGCGACUCGGGGUCGGACGCGAGCCGGCCGACGUACUCGACGCUGAGCGGGUCGGGGUCGUACACGACCUCGUCUGCGCCGUACACCACAAGCACCGGCACCGGGCCGAUGUCUACUACUACUACUACUACCACAGCCAAUAUGCUCGCGGAACGCAACAGGCUGAGCACGAUCACUGAACGCACCGAAGAUAGGACGAAUAGCAGGCCCAACUCUGGGCUGCCGGGCUCGCGGCCGAUCAGCGGGCAUUCGGACGCGCUGAGGCGGUCGGCGGUGCUUGGCGGGGGCGCGGUUUCGCCGUCCCCGCAUGCGCGCUCUGCCACCGAGUCGACCGCGCUGCCCCCGCCCGGGCGGCGUGCGGGAGAUUUGAUCGCGUUCUUCGAGGGGGGCGCGAGCGAGAGCCCCUCGCGGGGCGGGCAUACCAGGACGACGUCGGCGCCUGCGGGGCCGCGCUCGCCGAGCCCGUACUUUGCUAGCACCACCGGCUUUGGGUAUAGCAGCGGGACUGGGUUUGGGUAUAGCACCGCGGGGUAUACAUCGCGCCCUUCUUCUCCGGCUGCUAGUAAGAGUGGGAGCAGCGUUAGCGGUACUACUCCGUUUACGAUGUCUUCUUUCCUGUCCCCGCAAGCUCGGGGGACGACUUCUCUUUCUUCUGAUUCAAGGUUUCCAACUACGACCACGGCGCGCACCGGGACGACUACGCCUACCCAGACGGGCACGGGCACGUACACCCAGACCGGCACGGGCACUUACGCGAACACCUAUUCGACUUUUAGCAGCACUCUCACUCCGACUACUAACACGAACACUUUUACGGGUACCCCGACGGCGUCGUCGCUCCGCCGCCCGCAGACGUCCCCGCGCUCGCCGCUGACGUCGGUGCGCAACAUCGUCGCCGCGUGGAAGGAGCGUACGCCACUCGGGAGCAAGACGGCCAAGUCGCCUGCCUCGGCGUCCUCGGUUGGCACGGUGCGCUCGCCGCCCGGCGAGGGCCUCUUCAGCAUCAGGCGGCGCGCGGAGCGGGGGCAGAUGAGGUUACGGGACCAGGCGCUCGGUUCGCUGAGGCGCGGCGAGGCGCCGUCGUUCGAGGCGAUGCGCCCGGCCGAGGAGCCGCGCAGCACGAGCGACAGUGUGACGGGGAGCGCGCUGCUCCCGCCGCCGUUCGAUAUCGCUGAGCUGGGCGUGUACGCGAGGGGCAGUCAAGAGCCACUGCGCAUUGGCUUGCUCUGGUACUUGAACGUCCAUGCGCCCCCGCCGUACCGCUGGCAACGAUGCCAGGCUUUGCUGUAUCCCCACAUGCUACUCUUGUCGUGGAUUGCGGCGGGCGGAGGCCGCGGCGUCGUCACGCUGGAUUUGCUGAACUGCACUGAGGUAAGGUCGGUGCCGACGCCGCUGCACCCCAGCGCGAAAGACGAUGUUGGGACGAUCGCCGCGAGGAUGCAGAGCGAGGAGGCGAGCUCCCAGGAGAGCGGGCAGCUUGGGGAGAUGGGCCUUGUUGAGACUUUGUGCCCGUUCCAGCUGCUGUACAGUGAUGGGAUUGAACGGCUCGGUGCGGAGAGCGCGAGGGAAAGAGUGAGAUGGGUUAGUGCUAUAUGGGAGGCCCUGGAUCGGUCGGUUACGAUACCGGAUCGUUCAGCGACGGGUUCACCCACUGGGUCAAUUCGGACAAUUCGCUCCAUGACUAGCACUAAUACAGAGUCGGCUACUGGCUCAGGCUCUGCGUCUACCGUCUUCGUCCCGCCUCUUGACAGUAUUCCGGACUUGUCUGAUCUACAGUCUAUUACUGGCUCGAGCACUAGCGUGCCGCUCUCUCGCGGACCCUCAUUCGCUGUGUCUACUAGGACUCGUGCUACGGACGACGCUGCAGUCUCUGGCCAAGGCUUCCUCUACCCCGGAGAUCCACGAGUCAUCGCACCGAGCAGGAGUAGCUCUAUCCGGAGGACUAGUUCGCUGACGGACUUGGAUGCUGAGUUUGCCUCUGCUGUGAGCCGUGCUCGAAACGCAAGGCCUGGGCUUGGUUUUGGGUUGGGCCUUGCGGCCGGCGUGGUCCUUGGUGAAGGUUCGCCUGUGACUAUAUCAAGUGCGCCAAGGCUUGGCGAAGACGUACGCCUCACCCCCCCUCCGAAAUCAAGGUCUCGUGGAACAUCGUCAAGGACGUCGAGCGAACUGGACGAUGAGACGUUCUUCUCGGCCGGUUCUAAGUCUGCAAGCGAUGAUACCAAGGGUUCGAGUUUCUACUCCUCUCUGUCCAGGACGGACUUCACUACCACCGGAGCUGGCAUUACUACUACAGACACGACUGUGGGACUUGCUAUCACGUCAGGCUCCGAUACCAACAUUGUGGCAUCUUCGCUCUCACUCAGGGGUCCUUCCUCUGCUUCCCACUUGGGUGACUCCCACGAUGGCACGCCGAGUACUUAUACAUACGGCUCGACUUCGCCAUCACGCCUGUCGAGGGCAAGAGAAGUUCGCAGAAGGUCUGCGAGGAGCAGCUCCCGGACAUUCUCCUCCUCGUAUCAAACUCGGACUACCGAUGAAGGCUCGGACAAGGAGAACUCGGAGAUUUCAGGCUCUACGCCGUCUCGCUCGACCGAAUACGACACUUCCAGCCGUGGCUAUACCGCGACGACGACAAGCUGCUCCUGCUCGUACAGCGGCACGUGUUCGACGUGCCGGUACACCUCGUCAUCUGGCACGUACACCUAUACGGAUGAUGUAUCGGAGGUUGCGCCUUCGGUGAUUCCCAGUAUCCCGUCCGAGAGCGAGUAUAUAACCGCUGAAGCCGCUUCGACGGAGUACUCCACUGCUGAAGCUGCUUCGACUGAAUACUCCACGGCGGAAGUCUGCUCGACGGAGUACAGCACCGCGGAGGUGUGCCCGACGCCCUCUGUGUCGGAGUAUAUUACAGCGGAUGUCUGCAAGAGUGAGCCGCCGUCAGAGUACAUCACUGCUGAAGUGUGCCCGACGGAGCUGACGACGGAGUACGAUACCGCCGAGUGCCGGUGCAUCCCCAGUAUCGCAGAGGAAGAAGAUGAGGAGAGGAGCGUCGUUGCUCCCUCGGAAAUCCCCACCAUCCCGUCAGAUGUCGAGCCUGAGAUUUGCCCGGAGGACAUCCCGUUGCCCCCCUCCGAGCCUGCCUCGGUAUCCAGCCCGUCAUGGCCGCCCACCGAGCCAUCCUUGACAGACGUCUCGGAGAGUCAACUAGAGCCGACGGAAGAUUUCACACCCACGACUGUGUCUACCAUCGAGUCCUUCCCUGGUCCGUCUCCGAUACAACCCAUGGAGUCCCUGCCCAGUAGCGAAACGCCAGAAUCGAUUUCGAGCCCGACUGAGUCGUCGAUCACCCCGACCAUCGAGGAAUUGACUCCCACUGUGUCUUCUGAAGACUUGCAGCAGCCGACCCCGCCGUCUCCGUCCAUCCGCGAAUCGCUCUGGGCGCCGGAGAGCGACCGCUCAUAUGAGUCAUCGAUAUUGCAGGCUUCGCCCUCGGUGCUGUCCAUAGCCGUUCCGGAGGGGCCUGACAUGUCGUACGAAACCUCCGGCCUGAGACCCAGCGGGUCCCCCAUCACGACGGAGCAGCCGCGGCUCUCGCCCAUCCCUGAGCUGCCCAGCACCGUCACGCCGUCGUCGCCCACGUCCGUGACAGCCACGCCCGAGUCGGUUUCUACGCCUACUGAUGUACCGACGCCGUCGCUGCUGUCGGCCGAGCGCACGGUGACGGUGACGAGGACGCCCUCGUCGGUGUCGACGGUGUCGAGUAUAUCGAUGCGGUCCUCGAUUUUUGAGCCGCGGUCGCUGUUUGAGUUCCAGAUGGACGAGGAGCCGACGGAGCCGUCGUUGCUCUCGACUCAUCGGUCGCCGCCUACCCCGGUGCCCGUUGACCAGCGCUCGUUGUCACCUGCCUUCAUUCCUCUGCCGAGCUCGCCCGCUCCGUCGACGCCUUCAGUGCCUAUAAGCGUCAGUAUCGCCACACCUGCAGGAGAUGUCCCGUCCAUCCACACGAUUGAGAGCGCACCGUCUGCACGCAGUGAGAUCCUGACGCACGAUGUGAACCGCUUGCUGCAGUAUCUCCACGAUCUGGAUCAGGGCCGUGUCGAGGACCACAGGGAGCUCGUAGACAACAUCAGGGACAUCCGGGACGAGCUGUACGAUCUAUCUUUGUUCUUGCACGAGAAUCGCCCUGCGGAUGUGCCGCCUCCCGUGCCACACAAAGACCAGUCUGUCGGCGGGAGCAGCGUCAUCGCAUCGUCUCCGGCGACUCCAAUGACUCCGAGAGCUCUACCUGCUGGACCCCGGCCCAUUUCAAGGCCUCAUCUGAUACCUAUUCCGCUGACCCCUCCCCCUUUGCGACCUGCUUCUCCGAGCAGCCUUACCAGCUCGAUUUCGUUCCUGGAGUCUCCGCACUCGGAUGAUUGGAGCUUGAUGGGAUCGGAGACGUACCCUAUGCGUGCUUCUUCUCCCUCCUGGCCCUCCGAGAGCUCGCCUUCUCCGCCUUCGUCUCCACUUGAAGCGUCUUCUGAGUCGAUAUCAUCGUCUACCCCGUCUUCUGGACCGUACCUGUCGGCUACUUCGCCGUCUUCGCCCAGUGCUCCUGCUUCUCCGCCGCUUUCUGCGACAUCUGAUGUUACAGCCCGUCCAAGGCCCCCACCCAUAUCACUGACUGACCUGCUGGAGAACCUGGAGGCGUUAAAGCAACAAACCAAUGCUUUGCACGAUUCACAACGUUCGGCCAAUGAUAUGCUCGGAGAACUGCGUGAUAGAGGCCCUGCGACGCAGGAUCUUUCUGCGUGCUGCGACAAAAUCCAGAGGAUAGAAGAUAUGCUGCGGGGAGUGCUUGACCGAUUGCAAGUUCCUCAGCCCGAGUCGCUCUACGAAUCACCUUCGGAGACAUCCUCGGAUAGGGAGCGUUUGCAGAGAAUCUUGGACAGGAUCGGAGGACACGAAGAGCCGCCGGUGAUACGCAUGCCAGUACCAGUGCGAGCAGGACCGUCUCUAGACGAGCAACUGGAAAAUCUCUUGGGCUCCGGUCCUCAAAUGCCGCCUCCUACGGUGCAAGCCCCACCACCUCUCAUUCCUUUCGUGUACAGACCCGCGCCCCACCGUCCGCGCAGUGAAAGUCCCACUAUUGGGCCCGACUUGCCUCCUCGUCGGUCGUACACGGCUCCUGCGCCAGAUCUUUAUACAGUCAGGCGUCCACCGCGACGGUCCGGCGGUAGACCCGGCCGUCCUCCGUUCUACCCGCCUCCCCGGACAGCAAGUAGUUUCCGUGAUCAAGGGCGUGAGCCUCCUGUCAUACCAUCAUUGCCGCCGGAGGAAGGUCCUGUGGAAGGGAGUCGUCGACCGGAAGGUGAGUCAGGGCCUGAUUUCUUGCGCGCUCUGCGCGAGCUCCGUCGACGUCGACAUCCUGAUACUGCCCCUGAUGGAUUCUUCAAUACGGGCCGCGCUGGUGCUGCCGAGACUGAUGCAGCGCAGAGGCCUCCAACAGCGCCUCCUGACUUGGGCGAGGGUGGUACGUGGUACAGACCCGCGCAGCCUCCAACGGAACCUCAGCCUGGCGCAGAGCAGGCCCCGGGAACAUUCAUCCCGCCGGGCGCUGGUUUUCCGAUUAGUGUCCUUCCUCCCGGUGUGGCAAUGCCUCCUCACUUGCAGGAUAUCCUGGAGAUGUUAAGGGAAAACCGGGUCGCGCAGCGCGCGUCGAUUGAGCAGCAACGCGAGAUCAUGAGAUAUCUAAGAGGUCUGAAUGAAUGGUUAGCUAGAGAUGUCCACGACCGUCAAGCUGAAAUACGCGGGGUGGCGGCUCGUGUGGAUCGUCUCCGAGACGAUCUUGAUCGCAUGGGUCGACCCCAGACUGCAGGCGUGCAACCCAUGUUCACCCAAGGACCACCCCCUCAACAAGGCAUGAUGCCUGGCCCGGGAAUGCCCGUGCCUCAACAAACUGGGGACACAUACGUUAUACCACCGCUUCCCACUAUGGGACAGCAAGGUCCAGUGAUGCCGAAUGUGGUCCCUGGUUACCCUGGUCCAAUGCCAGGACCAGGUAUGCCGCAAGGGCCCAUCGUGAACGUGCUGCCCGGAUCGCCGUCAGACGGUUCCCCGGUUAUUCCACCCCCGCAGCCCUAUGAACAGUACGAUGAUAGGCCGGUCGUGCCUUCUGGACCAUAUACUCCUGGGAGACCUCCCACCGGCUACUACCCAGAUGAAGGAAGGUCCUAUGGCAGUGAGUCUCCUGUAUUCAUCCCGCCGGAACAACCACAGCAGCAGCCUGGUCAACCCAUUGUGAUUCCUCCUCCCGGAGCUUUUGGAGGUGUCCCUCAGCAGCAGCCUCAGCAACCUAUAGUUAUUCAGUCGGCGCCUCAGCAGCAACCACCUACCGUGAUCCACGUCGAGCGAUCCCCGUCAGAGUCUGAGACUCGAAGCGGACGAGGAUCUCCCAUUGAGUACGAUGUUCCUCUCAGUCAUAGACCUAGCCACUACAGACCUGAAUCGCCCCAGCAAGUUCACCUUGUGAGCGAUCGUCCUGGCAGUCCUCGGAUGGGGUCUCCCAGGCAUCCGGAGGUCCAGCAGCCUAUCAUUAUCCAGCAGCCUCCUCAGCAAAUGCAGCAACAGCCUAUGCAGCCUAUUGUCGUCCAGCCGACGCCGAGCGGGGGUCAAUACACACAGCAUUCGCCACCUAUAGUCGUAAGACGAUCAAGGACGCCGUCCCCGGAGCGACAACAGCCGACAAUGAUUAUAACUCCUAGUGGUCAACAGGUUGAACAUGGACCUGGCCAACCGAUAGCGGUAGUGCCCACUCCUCAGCCACAGCAACCUCCCGUUAUCGUCCAGACAGGAGCACCCACCUCGCCUUACCAUGAAUAUGGGCCUUCUCGUGGUGAAUAUAGUCCUUCUCGUGGCGACCGCCGUCGCAGAGGGUCUUAUUCUCCUUCUCGUCAAUAUGGUGACCGCGGAGAAUCGCCGUCACCACCUUCGCGACGUCGUCACCGACGUGACUAUGAUGAGGAAGAUGAACCUGGACGAACCAUCAUCCUUGAGCCCCGUGGAAGGGGUCGGACUCGUUUCGUGGAUCGACACGGCCGGUCACGAUCUCCUCGGCCUUCCGACCACGUCGUGGCUGUUGUGCCCCAUGGUGGUCAUGGACGCUCUUAUUCCCGAUCGCAUCCGAGGGACGAGGGGGAUUAUGGGAGUCGCAGUGGAAGCCGCACCCCUCCGCGCGUUGUCAUUGCAAGCGAUCAUGGAGGCUCUCCUCGUGCCCCUACUAUCAUUUUGCCGCCGGGAGGGAGUGGUGGGCACUAUCCGUCAGAGCACGACCCCGGGCGAACUCAUUCGCCGAAUGUCCUCCGCCGUCAGCGCCACCCUACGGAGUACGACCCUGGACAUGGAGGUCCUCAAAUCGUGCGCAUCCCUCCUUCAGACGAGUCUAUGCCUAGGUCCCCUGGUGAUGAACGGGAUCCUGGCGGAUUGCAGCCGUCGCAUUAUGGCAGGUCCCCAUCGCGAGGACACGACUAUGCUGAAGAACCCGAUUAUCCGGAGCCUCACCAAGUUCCUCCUCCACGUACGCCGCGUACACCCAGUCGCGCCCCAUCUGCACCUCUCAGUCGUGCAGGCACCCGCCGAACAGCACCAGUUCAAAGAACCCCAUCCGGUGCCACCAUAAUGGAGCCGUAUGAAGAAGAAGGAGAGCCCCACAUGACUCGUGCUACGCACAUCCCAGUGGAAGAGUAUGAACCUCCCCCAGCCAGCCCUCCACCGGGCGUUGUAAGGUCUGUCACCCCGCGGACGGAGCUGCAUCAUGAAUUGAUGCGGCAGCCGUCCACGGCACCCAUGUUCCCUACUUUGCCUGCUGAGGGGCGCGAAGCCGAGGUUCGACGAGCUCCCUCUCGUAGGACUGGCUAUCAACCGUCAGUUGUUCCCGAAGAAGCUCCUCUGAUGCAUGAAGAGGCUGGGCUGGGACGGGCUCCCUCUCGUAGGACGGGCUAUCAGCCGUCAGUCGUUCCUGAAGAAGCCCCGAUGCACGAAGAGGCUGGGCUUGGACGGAUGCCGUCUCGAAGGACUGGGUAUCAGCCUUCUGUGAUGGGCGACCAACCGACCAUCGUCCGCAUCCCUGGGGACACGCAUGAAGUGUCUGAACAUGAAGAAAUGAUGUAUGCCGACGCCGAGCGUGCCCGGCAGGAACGCUUUGAGGACUUGCAGAGACGUCUCGAGCAGACCGCGGAGGUGGCCGCUCAGGACGAGGAACGACGCGAUCAAGAGUUUAGGCAGCGCGAAGAGGAGCGAGACCACAUGUUCGCCGACAACGAAGCUCGGCGCGACGAGGAAGCUGCACGGCGGCGCGAUGAGAUAUGGUCAGACUUGGAGCAACGCCUGGCAGCGGGUGGCCUGCCACCGCCGCCGCCGCCCCCCGAGUCUAUCGAGCCCGCUCCGGAGUCUGUACCGCCGAUCCCCAUUCCCGAGCGCCUGGGCGAUGAGACAGCGUCCAUCAUCCCCUCGAUGAUCGAGGCCGCCAACCAGCACGCGCGCGAGAUCCGCGAGGUCGUGAACAUGGAGCGAGAGGAGCUCAUCAAGGAGCGCGAGGCGCACGAGGCCGAGCGGGAGCGCAUGCGCCAGGAAGCGGAGGCCGAGCGGGAGGCGUGGCAGCAGGAGUGCGAGCAGCGGAUCCGGGAGCUGGAGGAGGAGCUCGCGCGCACGCGGGCGGAGCUCGACGACGAGCGGCAGCAGCGCCAGACGGAGGAGGCGGAGGCGCGCGAGCGAGCGAGGCAGGAGGCGCUGGAGCGCGACGAGAUUGUGCGCGGCCAGCUGAGCGAUAUCACGAACCUUGCGCAGCAGAAUUUGGAGUGCUGCACGAGCAAGAGGCAGAUUAUGGACGAGCGGUAUGCCGAGAAGGAGGCGCGCAGGGCGGAGAAGGACGCGCGGUUCCAGGAUUUGUAUGAUAUGGUCAACCGGAUCGUGGAAGACCGUGAGGCCGAGCGCCAACGUGCUGAGGAGGAGAGGUUGGCGGCUGCAGACAAGCCAGGGAUCGAGGCCGUCAUGGCGGAGCUGCAGAGACAGAACCAAGAGCUGCGGCAGCUGCUCGCCGAAAUGGCUGAUAGCUGGCGCGCAGACAGCGCUAGACAAGCGGAGGAGACGCUCAACGCCGUGCGCGCGACCGCGCAGGAGCAGGUUCCGUUCAACGUGCAGGGGUACCUCGACGAGUUCAGCAAGGCGCUCGCGUCGGAGGUGCGCAUGCUCCUCGGCGAGGUGGGCCGCCUGCGCGAGGAGCGGCGGGCGUUACAACAUGAAAUUGGGUUCCUGCUGUGCACGCGCAGCAAGUACGGCCCCGGGGGCGAGUUCGAUCCGGAGUGGCGCCCGCAAGACGCGCCGUACAUGGCCGGCGCGCCGCCGCCGCCACCAGCACCCGAACCCGCGCCUGAAGCGCCGCCGCCGCCGCCCGAGCCCAUGGGCCCCGCACGCCCGGGGUGGCGCACCGUCCUCCCACGCAGCACGCGCAGACGCCGGGGAGGCGGGGGGCAGCCGACGCCCGCCCCGCCGGCCGAGCCUGAGGAGAUGCCGCGGCCGGGGGUGUCGAGCUGGGCGACGUGGCAACCGGACCCUGCGUUCGCGCCGUCGCCGUCGAUGCCGCCUGCGCCGGAGAUGCUCGCGCCGCCGGAGCCGCAGGGGUUGUUUGGCCCGCGGUCGCCGCGGGAUUCGUACCGCGGGUAG